AUGCAUAUCCUUAAAAGAGCACAUUCAACCGUAAAGGUUAAUAAUUUAUUUUUUAAAAAAUUUUGUUUUCUAGUUAAAAGGUAUUUUGCUUAUGUCGAUAAAAAAGGAAUAGAUAUGAAGGGGUACUCGGGCUAUUCGCUUCCUCAUAUUAUGUUAGAGUCUGAAAUUUUCCUGGAAUUCAAGGAGCACUUUUAUAGAGGAGCGAACGUUCGGGAUCUAUGCAAAGAUGUGACAUUCGAUCAUGUCAUUUUACUUCUAUUACAGAAAGGGUUACCUAGCGCAAAGGAAUUGAUUCAAAAAAAUCUUUACAUUCAAAAUGAAUUAAAAACAUUUAAUGAAAAGAAUAUUUUACAAAUGAGCAGAAUUUUGCAAAUUUCUCAUCCAUUAGAACUGAUUCGCAUAUCUUUACUUCAAUUUGCACAACAUGAAAAGGAUAACAAUGAUUCCAUUUCGAGCUAUCUUAAAAUAUUAGCUGCAUCUAUAAAAAUGCUUCCUUAUUUUCAUGGUUCACAAUGCUUUUCUCCACACACACCCCAGAAGGAGUACACAGAUUUAAGUUCUUUUAUAAUAGAAAAUUACACCAUCAAAGGAUUCCAGACUGAAUUCUCAGGUAAAACAUAUGAACCUAACGAGAUAAUCCAAAAAGAAGAAGAUGGAAAAGAAAGAGAAAAAAGGACAAUUUUAUGGAAAAAGGAAAAAAUCAAAUUACUGAAUACAUUUUUAAUAUUAAUGUGUGAACAUGGCAUCAAUGAAAACACGUUUUUUGUACGAAUGUUAAGUACUGUGCAUGGCUACAAUUAUUUUAAUAUAUGCCUCUCAGCUGUCACAUUCUAUAUAGAUAUAUUCAGGAAUAUUGAUUUAUACCAUUCCAUGAGGGGGUUCCUUCAGUUCAAUGUUGAACACACCCCGUCUGAUACCAGUUGUAGUAGUUAUGAAAAAACAAAGAAAUCAAUGGAGAUGAUACCAAGUGUGAAUUUUUUCUUUCACAAAAGCAACUGUUAUAGAAAAAAAAAUACUAUUUUUAAAGAAUACCUUACUGAUUAUUGCAAAAAUACUUGUCAAGAAAAUGUAGACUUACUAACUCAUUUCAAACAAAUAGAAACAUUUUUUUUAAAAAAUAAAAAUAAAUAUCCCUCCUGCUAUUAUUAUACCCUUUUAACAUUUCACCUCAUAAAUUUACCAUUGCAAAUUCUACCUCCUCUAUAUUUUUUGAUAAGAUUACUCUCCUUCACAGCCCACAUAAAUGAACAAGUUGGAAAUAACAAAUUUGUGAAAUAUUCUGGUGUAUACAUAGGAAAUCCACCUAAAUUAGCAUAA